AUGUCCAAGGAGUUACCAAAAAACAUAUUUAAGGAGGGCGAGGAGCUCCAAGUGACUCAGAUCAACAACAACUGCAGGAUCGACUACAUUAUCCGAAAGUUUGAAGCGUGGCUGCCAAAGGAGUUGGAUGUUGUGAAGAAAGAUCCGUUUUUUUCUCAGAUUUUUAUGCUGCAUGAGAAUGGUCUUGGGUACUCCGCGAGAGUGAUACACAGCUUCUUGUGUAGGGAGCUGGUGACUUACAAACUGCACGAGCUUUGGUUUGUCUUUGCGAGGAGACCACUUCGAUUUUCAUUACAAGAGUUCCACGCAGUAACCAUGUUUGAGUGCAAUACUUGUAUCUCAGUUAAGGAGUUCGAAGAGUGGAAAUAUGAUGGUGGUUUCUGGAGCAAUGUGUUGAGUAGAAAAGAUAGAAAUAUUACACUCUUCAACCUGUGGACUAAGUACAAGGAAGCUGUUAAGAAGUGGAGGAAUGCAGAUUUGAGAGAUGAGAAGUCUAAUAUCCCCCUCAAAUACAUCACGGUGGUCAUGGAUCUUGAGAAAGUUCGAAAGUAUCUUUGGAGAAUUGCUGCUUAUGACCUUCUCUGCAAGUCAAUAGCCAAAAAUCGUGACAAGCUGGAGGAUAAGACUACUAAUUAUGUGUUGGAUAGAUUCUCCUACGCCUUGCAAAUUUGGGCAAUGGAAGCGGUACCAAAGAUUGGGAAGCUUUCUGGAAAAAAACUGGACAAGGGUUUUAAGAACGGUCCUAGAUACAUAAACUGGAUGGGAGCUGCAAAGGUGUCAUAUGAAUUGAUCAUUCGGUUGGAAGAAAUUAUUACACCCGAGGAUCAGGCUUUUCGCAGAGCUGAUGAUGUGGAGGAUAAUAGAAUCAAGGUUCUGAUGGAGUUGAUAAGGACUAAGCAAGAUUUUAGUGAGCAUAUUUGGGAAACUGAAGAAACUGCAGUGGUUUCUUUAUCUCUUGAUGAUGAAUCAGCUGUGAACAAUGAAGCAAGCGUGAAUGUUGAAGCAGCCGAGAGUGAUGAAGACUUUCAGACUCCAGAAGGAUCAAAGAACCUAGGCGCUAGAUCAAAGAAGGGUAAAAAAAGGCUUCCGGAUCGUGGUAUGGAAAAAAGGAAGCAGAAGGUUCUCUCUAGUGGACCAAAGAAAGCGCCUUUUAAUGAAGACAUAAAGAUUUUUGUGACACAGUUGCUUGAGCAGAAUUUCCCUGGAAUGGAACAAAGGCUACAAAAACAGAUUGCUGAGACAUUUGAGCAAAUGCGGGCAGAGCUUAAAGAUUCACACAAGGAAGCAAGUGUUGAAGUUGAGCUUGGAGAGCCUUCACCGACCAAGUCAUCGACGAGCCAGACAUCGUUGAGGAGGUCCAAACGCGGGGAAAUGAAUGCAGUUAUGUUUAUAUGGCGUGUGAAGACUACUUUGAAUCGUUGGGCCCCUCGCCGUGUUGCUUUUAUGAGUGCUAUGUUAUGCCUCCAACUCGACGCUGCAUACAACAAGUUUUUACCAAACAAAAAAUCCUUUCAAUUGCCUGAUUUUCUUCUUGGGUACGGCAUAGGAGAGCUUCCAUCUCAUGGGCGGACUGGUCUAGUUUGGGGUGUUGAUGUUGAUCGUCUCUACUUUCCUCUGUUUGUAAAUGUUAAUCAUUCACUCCUCUGCACGUCAUAG